AUGGCGAUGGGAAAAUCAAAGCCGUCAAAUCGACAAGACUCUCCUCAGAGGAAGGUAUUCGAAACUUUAUUUAACGGACGUGCUCGCCGAACCUUAUGCUUCGUGCAUUCUAAACAGGAGAAAGUAGCUGGGGUUCAGGAUGAGGCAGUCAAAGGUCCUACAUUGGGGAAUAGAUUUUUCUCGCUUCCCGUUGAACUGCAGUUGAGCAUAGUGAACAUGCUGUUUUUCUUCGAUUUACUCCACCUUCGCCAAACAUCAAAAAAAUUCAGAAACCUUACCAUCCAGCACGAAAGCCACAUUGUUAGGCAUCACAUCAACAUGUGGGUGCCUAAACAUAUAAUCGAACUCUAUCCUCCUCCGGUAAAUAAUACGCCUACUCUAAGCUAUCUUACCGACUUGGCAUAUAAACAGAGGGUAUCGACUCAGUUGGCGCUGGUGCUAGCAAAUCAGAUUGUUAAGGAGAUGAUGGGAGGCAGACAUCAAAGGGCUAUGACGAAAGAAGCCAACGAUUAUGUCAUUAGUCAAUUACGGAUUGGCACUUCGCCUCUGAUAUUUGCGCUUUUUCAUUUUUUGGAAACUUAUAGGGAGCGCAAACUGGAGCAUCUAUUGGAGGGUGAUUUGAAUGCCGCUGAAAGGCCGUCAACAAUUCUCAGCCCUCUCUCGCAUGAGAAGAAUAUGGCCCUUCAGUCGGAAAUCUUAAAAAUCUACCCUGAUGAUCGUCUCCUUCAAGUUCAUCAGAUGUAUCAUCUACUCCUACAUAUGCUUAUUCGUCGACUCAGCCCAUCUAGGAUGCCCUUUGGUCUUCGUACAAUUAGUCGUUGGAGUUCUCAACGACCCACUAACGAGGCUUUUGCUAAAGUUCUUGUUCUUGGCGGUAUCCGUGAGGUGUGGGAACUCUAUAGGAUUAAGGGUUACAGUAAUAGACGUAAGGCUCUUGAGAAAUACCUCAAGAAGCUGGAUUCGGAUAAAAUGCAACAUAGUACACCCAUUAAUGACCAUACCGAGAGCAGCUCAGCAACUGGCGCUAGCAAACCAGUCCCCCGCAGUUUGCCUGGACGGGGCCCGAGUCUAGAUAUCCCUUCAAAGGUGGCUAGGUUGGAUGUGGAUGAAUUGAUGGAUGUUUGGACUCCUGCUGCAGAGGAACGCUUAUUGUCCAGAGAAAUUGUCACAUCCUUGGAUGAAGUUGGUUGUUGUGGGCAUUUUGUGGCUCAAUUGUUGGGAAGUAAUGCAGAGACAGAUAAUGAAGAGGAUGGAGAAGAUUCCGAGGAUGAAGAUGACUCUGGAGAUGACGCCCCGGGCCCGGGUGCAGCAGAUGGGAUUCAUUACACUGGCGGCUCGACGUCUGUCCAGGAUAACAAUUGGGAUGGAGGGGAUUUGCAUGAGGAACAAGAACAAGAUGAUGAUGACGAUGAUGACGAUGGUUCAUUCGCGGAUGAUGAAGGAGCAGGAGGUUCCAACUCAGUUUGA